AUGCCUUCUCUUUUGCCGGCAGCGAACGGGUACGGGUACAGCCUUCUAGCGGCUGCUGCUGCCGCUGCGGCGUCGGGGGAAUCGAGUAGAGAGACGCCCGAAGAUCUCACAAUCAAAGACGAAGACGACGACGACGAUGGAGAUGAUGACAGCGAUAAGAUGGGCGAGACCGCCCCCGGCGUCGACCCCGAGAGAUUGAAGGCAUUUAAUAUGUUCGUCAGAUUAUUCGUGGACGAGAACCUGGACCGAAUGGUUCCGAUCUCCAAACAACCCAAAGAAAAGAUACAGGCCAUUAUUGAAGCCUGUUACCGACAGUUUCCGGAGUAUCACGAACGAGCCCGAAAGAGAAUCCGAACCUACCUCAAAAGCUGUCGGCGAAUGAAACGCCAACGGGACCAAAAUGGGCUGGACUCGUCAUUAAGACCCACUCCGCCCCAUCUCACCUCAGCUCGGGCCGAACACAUUCUAGCCGCCGCGUGUGAGAGUGAAAGCGAGAACGCUAAGAGGUUACGUCUAGAGCUCAUGCAGGCAGGCCACACAGUCACUUCAGUAUCUUCAAGUGAAUCAGUGCGAGUAGACCAGCCUCAACAUCGGGCCACGCCCCCUCACACGACACCUUCCAAUCGGGUCGCGACAUACUCCGAUGAACCCCCCGCGAAGAUGACGGCACGCCCCUCCGACUAUCGCUUCAACGGGGUGGGGACGCACGAUCCGUACUAUGCCAGCAUCGCCCCGCACCAUCCGGUGAACGUGCUGCAGGCUACGCAACAUGCUCAACUUACAAAUGCUCUUGAAUUGCAAACAGGCUUUAAUCAGCAACAUGCUCAACUUACAAAUGGACCAACAGACCUUAGCGUUAAGAAGAUGACUUCCAAAACGCAGCUUAGCCAGACGGAGGUAACCAACAUACGGCAGCUCAUCACAAGUUAUCGGGAGUCGGCCGCCUUCCUCUAUAGAUCAGCCGAUGAGCUAGAACAAAUGCUGCUCCAACUCAACUGAAGCUACUCACCUUUUACUAUAUAGAUACUCCAAAUCACCUAUUCCACAAGCAUCUAGAAACUAUAGUGGUAUAUUUUUCAACAACAAAAGAAAGCCAUAGUUUUGACCUUUUCCAAGUGUAUGCUUGGUACAUGUAUAUAUAAAUCUGGGAGGUUUAAUUUUCCAUUUACUGUUUCAUAAAACUUGUUAUCAUAAAAAGUUACAAUAACUGCUAUAAGCUACUGAAAUCAAAGCAGUUGAUUGGCUGUUAGCAAUUUUGUCAUAGAUAUGAGACGGUUUUUAUUAAUUACAGGGUUUAUGAAAUGGGAAACUGGCAGUGUUUCUGUUCUGAAACAGAGAGGGUAUACAAACAUAUAGGUCCAGAUUAAUUAUUUGUUAAGUAAAUAAACUAUAAUUUUCUCUUCAUGCACUUCCGCCAAAACUUCCAUUAUAUAUUUUACAGCUCAUAUGAAUUAUCUCAAGAUGAAAUUCGUCCUCACUUUAUUUUAUAGGAUGGAUAUUUUUAUGUUUCAUAAAAAUUGCUUUCAAUAAUAAUUAUUUUAAACAGUUUGGGCUAGGAUGCCGUAUUUGUCCUUGUUUUUAUUAGGAGUGAAAGUUCUUUAUGCGAAAAAUGAAGAUGAUUUUGCAAUUCAUAAUCUCAUUUCAGUACAAGGCAAUGCAGAAAUACAUGUAGCCCAGCAAUGAUGCUCAAGUGUCACUCCGCUGUUCAUGAUAGAAAAAUGGCAAAUUGGCAACUCAAUAAUGUUUAGAAAUUGGCAAAUUGGCAACUCAAUAAUGUUUAGGAAUUACACACAGUGCCUCUUGUUUCAUGAUAUGAUUAGUUUAAAGGAUUGAAAUUUAUAAGAUAUCUGACCCAUAAAAACCAUGGUAAACCAGACAAUCAUCCAAAACUAGAUUGUGUCUCACAUGAUUUUUCAAAGCACAGGGAUACAUGUAUAUUGACACGAUUUACAUCAGUGACUGAAAAUGACUUUUAUUUAAUUGAUUAUACUGAUUUUAGUCUUAUGUUCUAUAUCUAAAAACUGUUGUUUUAUAGUUAUAAUAUAAUUACACAUUACUAUAAGUUUAGUAAGCUAGUACUUUUGAAGUUACGUUCAGAGUUUGCUUGUUUUGAAUAGCAGUGGUGGAUUCGAAAGGAAAAUCUUGCUAUAAAUAUCUUUCUCACAACUCGGUCAAAUGUGCAAAUAUAUUACAAAUAUGUUGAAAAAGUCAGUCAGUGUUAUUGGCUAGUUGAUAUGUAAAUAUAUUAUACGGUAAACUCUUUCACUAUUUCUUACUGAGAUUUUUUAUACUGUUGAAUGUUUUUCCUCCUUCUCUUGGUUUUGGUUUUGACAAGGUUUUUUUGUUGUUUCGUUUUCCUGUUUUUUCUUUUUCAACUUUGGGUGUGCUUAUCAUAUUAUGUGCAAUAUCAUUUCCCGAUGGUCUACAUGGGCUACCCACGUGAAAGUGGGUUAAUAGCUAUACUAUGGUGCUGUGUAGGUUUCACAGUUGAGGAAGAAUCACUUGUAUAGUACUAGUCUUGUAAAUACAGGUGACUUUAUUAAUAAAACACAUGUUUGAUUGCGACACUGAAGUAAAUUGUACAGUCAAACCUGUUUUAGUGGCCACCUCUCUGUAAAAGUCACCUGUCUAUACAGGGUUCACCUAUAUCGCCUCCCUUGAGAAGGAUCGCGUUGAGGAACUUGUCUAAAUAUUAAAAAAGGCCACCUGUCUACAGUGGUCGCUGCUUGUUCCUGUGUGUGGCCUCUAUAGACAGGUUUUGACUUUAUAACUUCAAAAUGUUUUAUAUUUUAAGUAUACACAACCUAUUUCAAUGUUCGAAAUUGAAGAGACAUUUUGAACUCCACUAACUUGACUUUAUUAGCACAGGGGAGAGAUGUGCAUUUCGAACGAAGUUUUGAAAGUACUUUGAGUAAUUUAUGUUAGUUUAUAUCUUCUUUGUGUAAAAGAAGUAAUGUCUUGAAAGUACUAUGGGAAGCGAAAGGUGUUAGAAGAUAAUGAAAAAAUAAAGCAUCAUGAUUGCCUUGCUGAGUGGAUUAUGCGCACAGAUUUUGAAAGAAAUGAUUCUGCAAUUUUUCUACUUUUUAAUGAUGACACAGUAAUUAUGUACACACGGUGAUUAUGUACAAUUGUGACAUACAGUGUUUCAGCUUUCUGACUGUAUGCCUUUGCUUUUCAUCAAGCAUACAUGUAGUUGUAGAAGUAUGAAAGCCUUUAGCAAAUCCAAUAGAUUUGCACAUUUUCAGAAAAAUUGUUAGAAUCAAAGAUUGUGAAAUACCUUUAAGAACCGACCACCCGUGUUGAAAAAGUGGCGUUUUAUACAUUCUUAUACAAAAUUUGUUUGUUCCUUUUUAAUGGUCAACUUUCACUUUUGUGAUUCACUUUUCUGCAGAUGUUUUUAAAAAGUCAUCAUUAUCUUAUAGGUGAACAUGGACAACUUAAAUUGGACAAUAGUUGACAUGAAGUUACUCGAAUAUGCCCUUGCCUUUAAGAACUUAAAUAUUUGUAGUUAGAAAGAAAGUUUAAUGACAUUUGCGAUAUACUUUAAUUGCUGCUUUGCUUUUAUAGAGUUAUGUGCAUACUAGGUGUGCUAUUUUAUGUGUUUAUUUAUUACCUCAAAUCAACAGCAAUUUUAAUUUUGUGCUAUUAAAACUAUUUGAUGAGUGAGCAUCUCUGGGAUUCUGAAGAAACAAUAUAUUGGCUGUUCGAAGCAAGAAGGACGUUAACUCAUUAUACUACAGAGUUAGCAACAUUCUGCCUCUGAAACUGUUAAAAUUAUAUAUAUAUAUCAUGUCAUACAUAACAUCAGAACUUUGUUCUUGUCAAGGGUACAAUAUUAUCUAUUUGGAGCCACAAUCAUGAUGGUAAAGUCCAUUACCAAAUGUUGAAUUUACUAGCGCCAUCUGCUGAUGUUGAGCAUGCAGAAGACAUAACAAAUCCGGGGGGGGGGGG